AGAAAAAGAAAAAUAACUUAGAUAUAAUAUCUUACUUCUUUAAUCUGAAUAAAGGGUAAACCUUUGAAGGCUGAGAGGUAGAGAAAGAAGAGGGCAGCAAAAUAAUGGUGGAGGCACUGAGAGUAUGGACUUUCUCUUCUUCUAUUGUCCCUUUCAGGCAUUUCCUUCGCUUUACCACUACCAAACGCACCUUUACUUCACUCCUCCUCCGCUGCUCCUCCAACAGCUCCUCCGCCGCCACCAAAGUCGCCGGCCGGAACCGCAGGUCUUCUUCCUCCUCCUCCUCUACCUCAGACCGAGAAGCUGUUCGCGCCAUUCGUCUUAAAAAGGUAGAAGAAUUGAGGAGCAAAGGGCUUGAGCCUUAUGCAUAUAAGUGGGAAAGGACUCAUACUGCUAAUCAGUUACAAGAGAUAUAUAGGUAUCUUGCUAAUGGUGAAGAGUUAAGAAACGAGAGUGAUAAUGUGUCUAUAGCAGGCAGAAUUGUUGCUCGUAGAGCUUUUGGAAAGCUCGCCUUUUUAACACUCAGAGAUGACUCUGGAACUAUUCAGCUUUACUGUGAGAAGGAACGCCUUUUGAAUGAUGAGUUUGAGAAAUUGAAGACACUUGUUGAUAUUGGUGAUAUAUUGGGUGCUAGCGGCUCCAUGAAACGCACAGAGAAAGGCGAGCUUUCGAUUUGUGUGAAUUCUUUCACUAUUCUUACAAAAUCUCUUCUUCCACUGCCGGACAAAUAUCAUGGCUUAACUGAUGUAGAUAAGCGCUACCGCCAGCGGUAUGUUGAUAUGAUUGCAAAUCCUGAAGUAGCUGACGUGUUCCGUAAAAGAGCAAAGAUUGUUUCAGAGAUUCGCAAGACAGUGGAAUCAUCAGGUUUUCUUGAAGUUGAAACUCCAGUUCUACAGGGAGCAGCUGGUGGAGCAGAAGCUAGGCCAUUUGUAACAUAUCACAAUUCACUUGGAAGGGAUCUUUAUCUAAGAAUUGCAACUGAGCUUCACUUGAAGAGAAUGUUGGUUGGAGGGUUUGAGAAAGUAUACGAGAUUGGUCGAAUUUUCAGAAAUGAGGGCAUUUCAACUCGUCAUAAUCCAGAAUUUACCACGAUAGAGAUGUAUGAAGCAUAUUCGGACUACCAAAGCAUGAUGAACAUGGCAGAGGAAAUCGUUACUCGCUGUGCUCUUGCUGUUCAUGGGAAAUUAACCAUUGAUUACCAGGGAGUAGAUGUUUGUCUAGAGCGCCCUUGGAGGAGGGAAACCAUGCACAAUCUUGUGAAAGAGGCCACUGGGAUUGAUUUCAAUGAGCUUGGUAAUGAUCUGAAAGUUGCUAAAGAUACAACUUUGAGAAAUCUUGGGCCUGUGCUUGAACACAAGGACAGAUCCUCCGUUGAAGGAUGUUCUUCUGUGGGCAACCUCCUUAAUGAGGUUUUUGAAAUUGUUGUAGAGCCUAAGCUCUUGCAACCCACAUUUGUUUUGGACUAUCCGAUUGAGAUCUCUCCUCUUGCUAAACCACAUCGAAGGCAUGUAGGCUUGACUGAGAGAUUUGAACUCUUUAUUUGCGGUCGUGAAUUGGCCAAUGCAUUUUCUGAAUUGACUGAUCCUAUGGAUCAGAGAGGACGAUUGGAAGAGCAAGUGAGGCAGCAUAAUGAGAAGAGAUCAACUAUUUCAGAAGCACAUAAAGAGGAAGAGAAAAAAGAUGAACAAGAGGAUGAUUCAUACAGCGUGACACUUGACGAUGACUUUUUGACGGCUUUGGAAUAUGGAAUGCCUCCGGCUUCAGGAAUGGGACUUGGCAUUGACAGACUUGUGAUGCUUUUGACAAACUCUGCUAGCAUUCGAGAUGUGAUUGCUUUUCCUGUGCUCAAGGUUCAGCAGUAGCAUUGCAGCAAAAGAUGGCUCAUUUUCUUUAUCAAGAUUCUCAUUGGGUUUUUUUUUUCUUUUGUAACUGUUCAAAUUUUGGGGCUGAGGAAGCUAUGGAUGGGUGUGACUUAAGAGACUUUUAUAGUACAAAGGAAAUCGUUGGCUACAUUUGCCAAGGCUUUUGGUUAUCUAUAGAUUGAGGAAAUGUGAUAGUAUUAUUAAUCUUAUCUUAGCCCUCGCAGCUUUUGGAGGUCUGCAUGUAUCAUUUACAUUAGUAUUAUUUUUUAUUUUUUAUUUUAAUUUUGAGGUAUUCUUUUAUCAUUCAGAUUUGUAAACUAAGAGUAAUUUCAUUUUCCAUGAGUUAAAAGAGUUAUGGUUGGACA